UAAACCUCAGACUCUCUCACUCCAAAAUCAAAACCUCCAUUUGUUGUUCAGUUAUAAUAUUGUAUUCCGUUUCAGAUAACACAGCACAAUAACAAUGGCUUCUCUUCACUCUUCUCUUCUAUUGCCUCCGAAUCUCCUUUCCCUUACUUCUCCUUCAAGUUCCCCUACUCACAUUCUCUUGAAUAUGAGACCCUCCACCACCCACUUGCGACCCCUUUUCACCACACGGCGUCGUUUUGGGAGACCCUUCGCAGUGGCUGAGCAGGCAACGGUGACGGAGGCCGCAAGAAGGCUCUACGUUGGAAACAUUCCCCGCACUGUCAACAACGAUGAGCUCGCCAAGAUUGUUCAAGAACAUGGCGGUGUUGAGAAAGCUGAGGUUAUGUAUGAUAAAUACUCUGGAAGGAGCCGUCGCUUUGCGUUUGUUACAAUGAAAACUGUUGAGGACGCAAAUGCUGUGAUUGAGAAACUUAACGGCACUGAAAUUGGAGGGCGUGAGAUUAAAGUAAAUGUUACUGAAAAACCUUUAUCAGCAUCAGAUUUGCCUUUAUCCCAGGCUGAGGAAUCUCAAUUUAUUGACAGUCCCCACAAGGUGUAUGUGGGAAAUCUAGCCAAGACAGUAACAACUGAUACUCUUAAAAAGUUUUUUUCUGAGAAGGGAAAAGUUCUGAGUGCCAAGGUUUCACGGGUCCCUGGUACCUCAAAAUCCAGUGGGUAUGGUUUUGUUACCUUUUCAUCAGAAGAGGAUGUAGAAGCUGCAAUCUCGUCUUUCAACAAUUCUUCAUUAGAAGGGCAAAAAAUCCGAGUGAACAAGGCAUAGAGAAUUAGCAAUGUUGCUGAGCAUUUAUCUGACCAUGUACUGUCUAGCCAGAAAAAAGUAAACUUUGGGUGAGGCUGAAACCACUAACAAAUUUCCUUGUCUCUUUGUAUAGCAUAAACCUAAUCAUUUUCAGUUGACAAGGUUCUACAAAAAAAAAUAGUGGUUAAUGCUUCUUGUAGACAUUUCACCUUGCUAUUUCUUCAUCUUCAUGUUGUUGCUCCCUUCUACUCUACUCUGGUGAUGUAACUCUUGUUUAUAUAUGCAUGUAUUCAAUUCCA